GCGUAGCAUUAUCCUUUUUCCGUCUGGCAACUUUCUCACGCGUGUGCAAAUGCGCUGAAAAGUGGGAGUGUUGCAAGUGUUGCUGCCGCUAUCUUGUGCAUUUUCUGUUAUUUAAAGAAAUUGCCUCCACUUCCCUUGGUUUAUGCUUCACGAACACAUCCCUCUUUUCCAACCAUGUUAUUUGGCAACGAUGAUGACGACCUCGAUUUUACAGUGCAGCCCGGAAGUUCGAAGCUUGCAAGCUUGUUUGUCAGCACAGCUAACUCAGCUGGUGAGAGCAGUGCUCUAACGUACACAGCUCCGCGACAGCCAAGCACGAAAACAAAUGGUAACCAGAAUGCAGCGACCAUGUCACUUCUUCAUGCAGCAGCAGUUCAUGCUUUUAAAUUCGAAAAUGGCAAGCAUGUCAAUCAGGGGAAACUAGGUUUUGCCGUAGUUGGACAUCACGGUUCUGCGGUGUAUAAACUAAUUCUCUACAAGGGGAAGCAACAGCAAGUGACCACAGCUACAAUCAACACACAGUUUUUAUUCUUAGUGCAGCCAAAAGGCUAUGUAAAUUUCUGUGAUGAUUCUCGGUCCAACUGGUCAGUCAAGUUUGAGUCUGAGCAGAACCUGGUUGACAUGGCAAAACAGGUGGCACUAGCCAAGGCAAACAGUGCCGCAUCUAGUCUUAACGGAGUCAUAAUUCAGGACCUGACAUUAGGAGAAGGACAAGGACUAGAAAAUGGGUGUCUGGCUGUUCUAAAGUACACUGGCUGGUUGCUUACAGAUCACGGCUUUGGAAAGGUGUUUGAUUCCAACGCUGAUACGGAGCAGCCACUGAAGGUCAAGCUUGGAAAAGGGAAGGUAAUUAAGGGGUGGGAAGAAGGUCUGAUCGGGGCAAAGAAACACGGCAGGAGACUUCUCGUCAUCCCUGCUUCCCUUGGCUAUGGAUCUCAAGGCUAUGGAAGUGCUGUUCCACCAAACUCGACACUCAUCUUUGAGGUCUGCAUCACCAAGGUAAAACAGUCACGUGAUAAUACUAGGUCAUCAACCCCAGUGUUGAACGUUGUGGGGGACUGUGACAACAGCUCACGUCCUGAAUCCAGGAGUGCUUCACAGAGCACGGACGAUUCCAUUCGUGCUCGAGGUGCAUCCAUAUCGGAGCAGCUGCAGGCGACCACAAGUGCCGAGAGUGAGAAGGCGCGCAUCAUAUCCCGAAUGGCCAAGAUGGGCACACAGAUGCUUCCCCUGAAAGGAGCCGUUGCUGCUCAGCCGAGCAGUGAGUCCGAAAAUGAGGAUGAACUGCAACAGAGGUUAGCUGUUACACCCCCACCCCCCCAAGCUGCUCUGCGAUCUGAGUCUCCAAAGCCUCCAGUUAAACCUAGAAGCGUUCACACAUUGGUCACACAAUCCCUCCCACAGUCAGCACCACUUUCGGGCCCCACCAGUUUUCAAAGUGUGCCUCCCACCCAACAGAUGGCUGUAUUCCAGAACCAAACACAGUUUCCGGGUGCCAUGGCGUCAUAUGGGUACCAGCCAGUGAUAUACCCUCAACAGUACCAAGCACCACAGUUGGCAACAGUAGCACCUUCUGUGGCUGAGAGUCAAGUGCCAUUAUUGCUGAGUGAAGCACGAUCUCAAGGCACUGAAAUGAGGCAUAAUCUGGGCAAGAUUUCUGAUAAAGUUGACAUGGUCCUCAGCAAGUUGGACACGUUACGACCUCAGUCAUCUGUGUCAAUGAUGGGCCCUUAUAUGGACAGUGAAAUGCUUCUUUCUAAUAUUCAAAGGAUAGUACAAGAGAAUGUGAAGCUCAAGGAAGAAAGUCAGGAAAAGAACAACAAAAUACAGGCACUGAAUGACAAGGUUUAUGAUCUGCUUCAGCGCAACCAGAGGUUUAUGGAGGAGAGCCAUAACAUGAUGGAACAAAGGAGUGAUUCCUUGCAGAGUUCAGCUGCCCAGUCUCAGGCUCGCUUCCUCGAACUGGAAAAGGAAAAGCUGGAGGUAAUGAGCAGAUUAAAUGAAGCCCUUUUGCAAGUGUCCAGUCUCAAGGGCGAGCUUGAAGAAAAACAAAGAAGAGAUUCGCAGAUGCAGGAGGUGCUAAACUCCACAAUAGCUGAGUCUCAAAAGAAGUUUGCAGAUCUUGAAGAAUUACGGACGCGCUCACAAGAAAAAGAGAACGUUCUGGCAGAGCUUCGCACAAGAAUCAAGGAAGUUGAACAGCAGAAGCUGGAACUGGAAUCUAGGCUAAUGAAAUCUGAAGAACAAGUUAGUGUCUUGGAGCAUACAAAAGAAGACCUCGAAAAGGCCUUGGCGGAAGCCAAGCAAAAAGCUGCGGAGGAAAAGCAGAAGACACAAGAAGUGAUGGCAAACUUGAGAAUGUCACACGAGGCGGAAAUAGGGGUACUACAAAAUAAAUUACGAGAUGGAGCAAGUGCAGCUCCAUCAUCUGAGGAGACAGAAGCACGAGUGAGGAGUGAAUAUGAAGAACGUCUUGCUGAAAGGGAGAAAACGUACAGCCAGCACAUUGAGUUAUUGGAGGUGGAGAAACGGAAAUUACAGGAGAAACUUAGAGACUUUGCAUCGAAGGUUGAAAAAGCAGAGUCAGAACAGGUGCCCAACCAGUUGCUAAGUGAACUGCAGAAAGAAGUGCAGGACCUACAGGCUUGGAAAACGAAGUAUGAGGAAUUGAGCAGGAGCACGGACAGUUUAAAGAAAUCAUACGACGAACAAAUUAGGGGACUUAUGAGUGAGAAUAAAAACCUGAGAUCGACUUGUGCCUCUCCCGUUGCUGGACAGAGCCCUAGUAUCGACUUUGAGGCUGAGCUAAAGAAGAUCAUGAACACACUGUUCAGGCUACUGCAAAAAGAAUUUGACGGCACGGGCACAUAUUCCAAGAAUGAAGUGGUGCAGAUCAUUCUUGACGUCAUCAGAGAGUACACCACGCAAGUCAUCACAGUAAAAAGAAGUCAGACUCCUGUGCCUGUAGCGACCGGUAGUGAAACUGAUGCGGGAAGCUCUUCCUCAGUAUCCCAAGUACCACAACAAACAAAAAUAGAAGAAAUGGCACCAGUAGCACCAAAGGUUGGCUCAGAAAGCAAUACAGAAACUGGUGUCAAGACAACAUCUGAAGAAAGCACCAAAGCAGAAGGUUCUCAGAUUGGUGAAGUUGAGAGCUCUGCAACGAUGGAGCACACCACUGCCAGUGAACAUAGUAAUACUUGUCGAGAAGAAGCUCAUCUCAAACAGGAACAGGAUACUGAAGCUACAAGUGACAAUCCUAAUAUACGAGCCGAAACAGAUGCAGCUCUUGCAGUCCAAAAUGCAGUCGGCACUCAAGAGAACGAAGCUCAGGUAGACAGUAAGGCAGUCACUAAACGAGAACCUGACUGGUCAUGGAAACCCCAACCACCACCACCACCACUUUUUGACGACGACGACGAAGAUGAGGAUGACUGGUUGAAGUAAGAAGAAAUAUCUUAAAUCUCGGAUUCUGUAUUAUGUCUGCAGGUACUUGCGCUGUCAACGUACAUUUCUCUCAGCAUGAGCUUGAUUUACAACAGAACAUUCCGGACCUAACUGAUGUCGGCAAACAUUUGGAGUUGUGACGUGCAUACUAUGUUUAAUAUUGUAAUCAAUAUUGUCUUGUUGAAAGAACAAGGCAUUGUUGCUAUAUAGUGCAUGUAAAUAUGUGGAUAAAUUAGCAUAUUUGUA